UUGAAGUCGUCUGUAUUUACUCUUAAAAUGUAUGCAUCCUAUACAGAAAGUGGUUGCUCUAAAAAUCGACGAUUGUUCACUUAAAAACUUGUGUGCACUUAACAUUUGUAUAGAGAAAUUAGAUAUACAAUUUCUAAGAAAAAAAGAAAGAAAGAAAAUACGUAUUUGUGAAUAAUGGAAAUGGAAUUUGACGUGGAAUCGCGUUCGUUGAUAACAUCAGCACAUGAAGAAGAAAUUUCAGAUACAAGUGACUUAAAACUUGUAAUUAAUGGAAAUCAAGAGCAACUAGGAGCCGUAUUAUUGGAGACUGAAGAUUCUUGUGAUACAAAGAGUACAGAAAUUUCUUUGGAAUUAAAUGCUACUCAAAUUCCAUACAAUACUAAUCUUCAGAUUCCUUCACAAUCUGAUAAUCAUUCGAAAGAAUCAGAAGAAUUAAGAAAUCUCAAGGUAUUCGAAAUAACAGAAAAUAAUAUAGUUGUAAAUACCACAAAGUCAGAAAACAACACAACAAAUACAAAUUUAGAAGAUACAGAAUCAACAGAUAUUCCUUGCUUACAAUAUGAUUGGUCUGUUGCAUCAAAAUUAUUAUAUGUAGCUACUGAGGAAUAUCAGCCUACAGAAUCAUGUGAAAAUUUUACAAAAGGAUGUCAGUGGUCUCCGGAUGGAACUUGUUUACUUGUACCGUCGGAAGAUUUUGGGAUACGUAUUUAUGAGCUUCCCAGAGAAUUUUAUUCUGAGAAAGUACCAUCUAGUUUUGUACAGGCCAACUUUACAUCCGCUCUAACAAUUAAAGAAGGGGGUCUUAUAUAUGAUACUUGUUGGUAUCCCUUUAUGAGUACAUGGGAUCCCACAACAUGUUGCUUUCUUAGCACUAGUAAAGAGAGUCCUGCUCAUUUGUGGGAUGCAAUUACAGGAGAAUUACGUGCAACAUAUCGUGCAUACAACCAAGUUGACGAAAUAGAAGCAUCUAUCAGCAUUCAAUUUGUGAAUUCAGCAAGUGAGAUAUGGUGUGGCUUCCAAAAUGUUGUGAGAACUUUUGAUACAAAUCGUCCUGGACGGCAGACAAACGAUAUAUUUUUUAAACAUUCUUUCCCAAACAUGGGUGGAUUAGUCUCAUGUAUUCGUGAGAAUCCAUAUAUGCCAGGUCUCGUUGCUCUUGGCUCAUAUUCUAAAUGUAUUGGUUUAUACAAAGAUGGUCCAAUAUGUGUUUUUGCAACUGCUAGUGGUGUAACGCAAGUGGAAUUCAGCUCUUGUGGAACAAAACUAUACUCUGGUGUUCGGAGAAACAGCGAAUUCUUGUGUUGGGAUCUUCGCAAUCCUGGGACUGUUCUUUAUUCUAUGGAAGGGAGGCAAUCGGAUACCAAUCAAAGAAUAACAUUUGCAAUUACACCUGACCAUAAACAUAUAGUCUCUGGUGGCACUGAUGGGAGUAUCACUGUAUGGGAAUUACCAGACAGUAUUACGACAGAUAAUGAUGAAUAUUUAAAUCCGAAAUAUAGAAUUAGACUGUCUAAAGAUUGCAUAAAUGGAAUAAGCUUACACAAACAUUUACCUGUACUAGCAACUAGUUCUGGACAGAGAAAAUGUGGUAUUGAAAAUAUGCAUAGAGACAAUAGUGUGAGAUUAUGGUGGGCUUCUUGAUAACGUUUUGUUAAUUAAAAUAAAAAUAUUUGUAUAUAAUGUAAAAUAAUAUAUUCACACAUAUAACUGUAAGCGGAAUAUUGAAACAUUUCAUGAUUUUUUCUUUAGUAAUCAUUUUAUUUUUUCUUGUUGCGAGGAGAAAGAUUGUAAUUUGUUUUUAAAUAAGUGUAACUGAAGUACUAUAAGUAAUGCAAAAAUGCUUCGACUAUACAAAAUGAGAAAAUGUCACGGAAACUAAAAUAGUAUUUUUAUACCAGUCAACUUCGUUCUAACUUAAUUCGUCUGCUUCGUAUGGAUGGGUGCGUGUGUGCGUGCGUGUAUG